AUGUCGCGCAAAACACUCUCCUCGCUUGAAAAGGUUUCGGUGUUAGACUUUUUGAAAUCGAAUACCAUUGACAGUGCAGUCAAAGAGUUUGGCAUCGGAAAGUCGACCAUCUUCAAGAUAAAGAAAGAUGAGUGUAAUCUCCGACUCGAAUCCCUGGAGAACAAGAAUGCGAAUCGGAAACGUAAGCGAACUUCCCCAAUGGAAGAGGUCAGCGAAGCUCUUUUCAUGUGGUUCGUUGAGAUGCGAGCCAAAGGAGCUCCAAUCAGCGGCGUGAUACUGAAGGAAAAAGCCGAAGAAAUCGCAACCGAGCUCGGUCACUACAGCUUCAGCGCCACGAAUGGCUGGGUGCAUCGCUUCAAGAAGCGCCAUAACAUUCGGUACUUCAAGGUGAAUGGCGAGAGAGCAGCGGCGGAUCACGAAUCAGCAAAUGAAUGGAUGGACCAUGUUUACCCCGCCAUAAUCGAAGGAUACGCCCCGGACCAGAUUUACAACGCUGAUGAAUCUGGGCUGUUUUUCAAGGCGACACCUUCCGGAACGCUCGCUGUUUCAGGAAGCGACCCCACGGGAGGGAAGUCUAAGAAGGAUCGUCUGACUGUCCUCUUUGUGUCGAAUUGCGAUGGGACAGACAAGAUGAUCUUUGUGAUCGGGAAAUUCAAAAAUCCUCGUUGCUUCUCCCGCGGUCCCGCACCGAUUCCGUACUACAGCAGCACGAACGCUUGGAUGACGAUCUGGAUCUGGUCAGAUAUCCUUCGAAAAUGGGAUAGAGAACUAGGAUCUCGGAAGAUCUUACUCUUCGCAGAUAACGCCACUUGUCAUAAAUUGGAAGCAAGUGUCACUCUGAAGAACAUUCGGUUGAUCUUCAUGCCACCCAACACGACCUCCUUGAUCCAACCCAUGGAUCAGGGGAUUAUCAGAGCAACUAAAGCUCACUAUCGUUCGCAAGUCAUGAGACUCUUCCUGCGGGACCUGGAAUCAGGGAGAGCGAUCGAGGAAUGUGCGAAGUCUAUCGACGUUUUGAAGGCGCUCCACCUACUGCGACAGGCCUGGUCCCAAAUUAGCCGAGAGACUAUCCAGAACUGUUUUAAGAAAGCUGGAUUCGUAUCAAGAGGACAGAACAAUGACGGAAGUGACGAUGGGGUGGAAGAGGAUUUUGUUCUGCCUGUCCCGCUCGGUCUCACUCUAAAAGAAGAAGAGUUUGAGCCGUCUGUCACAGCUCGAGAAGCUCUCGGAGCCCUCUCCGUUCUCAGAAGGUAUAUGGAAGAGAACUUCGAUUCGUGCGAAAAGUUGUUCGCGAUCGAAAAUAUGGUUGAAUCGAAAAUCAUCACUAAGAAAUUCCAGGUGAAGAUGACCGAUUUUUUCUCGAGUAAGAUCCCUUCAAUAGUCUAG